CCUCGGGGAGAGAACAGACACUCAGGACCUCGGGCCCUGCCCCCACGAUUUCCACCCUCGACUCAUCCGAACUUCCGUUCCUAAUCAUCUCCGGUGAAGUGCACCUUUCGGGAAUAAACUUCCCUCAGCGCUGGCCUUUGUUACUUUCUGGCCGCGACACCCAGGGCUGCAGGCUGGGCCCACACAGCCGGCUUCCCUUGGAUGCCUCUCCCAGCCCCUGCUGGGACCCCCACCCCCUCCGGCCACGCUGUGCACUCCUCCGCAAUCCCCACAUGGCCACUCGAGAGUCACUGUCUGUAAAACUUCAGUCUUUUUAGGAAGGUUGUCUUGCUCAGUUAGCAGUUUCGUCAACCUUCUGAACCAGCGCGCUGACAGCAGGCAACUGUCGCUGAGAACAGAGUAAGACGCAAAUUACGACAUCACAGCAAGCACACCUCCCCGGGAAGCCGCUCGGAAAUUGUAUCCAAGUAAGAUUCGGCGCUAGGGCACCCCGAACACUUCCGACCUCGUUCACUCAAUCGCCCUAAGGACAGCGCUGUCACUGCUCCACUGCCUUACCCCAGCCGCGCACACACACGGACCCCACGGCUUUUAGAGGAAUGGCUCCUAGGCCGGGCAGGGAAGUAAAAAACAGGUGUCCUCCUCCGUUUAACAAAGCCCCGAAGAACAGGACUGAAAGAGCUGUGGUUAAGAAAAGACGCGUAUUUUGGUGCUGCGAAAUAAAAAUUUAACUUUGCGGAAAACGGAACUCGUGGAGCGUAAAAGUAGUCCCGGCGGGGCGGGGCUGUGACCCCUGACGUCGGCGGCGGGCGCGCAGUUCGAGUCGGACCGGGGCGGGAUGUGGGCGCGAGUCAACCGGGCGGCGGCGGAUUUCUACGCUGGCCUGCUGCAGGUAUUUAAUGAAGAAAAGAAAGGAAUCUGUAAGGACCCAUUUUUCUAUGAGGCUGAUGUUCAAGUGCAGUUAGUCAGCAAAGGCCAACCAAAUCCUUUGAAAAAUAUCCUAAAUGAAAAUGACGUUGUAUUCAUUGUGGAAAAAGUGCCUUUAGAAAAGGAAGAAACAAGCCAUGUUGAAGAACUGCAGUCAGAAGAAACUGCUAUUUCUGAUUUUUCUACUGGUGAAAAUGUUGGACCGCUUGCCUUGCCAGUUGGGAGAGCCAGGCAGUUAAUUGGACUGUACACCAUGGCUCACAACCCUAAUAUGACCCAUUUGAAGAUUGAUCGGCCGGUUACUGCCCUUCCUCCUCUUUGGGCAAGAUGCGACAGUUCAGAUCCUGAAGGUACCUGUUGGCUAGGAGCCGAGCUUGUCACGACAAGCGACAGCAUUACAGGCAUUGUCCUGUACGUGGUCACGUGUAAAGCUGAUAAAAAUUAUUUCAUAAAUCUUGAAAACCUAAAAAAUUUGCACAAGAAAAGGCAUCAUGUGUCUGCUGUCACAGCGAAAGGCUUCGCCCAGUAUGAGCUAUUUAAGUCCACCGCCUUGGAUGAGACCUUUACCACAUCACAAACUACAAUCAUUUUGGAUAUUUCCUGGAGUCCUGUGGACGAGAUUCUUCAAAGCCCUCCACUCUCUUCGACUGCAGUUCUGAAUAUUAAAGUGGAGUCGGGAGAGCCCAGGGGUCGUCUGAACCAUCUUCACAGAGAGCUGAGAUUCCUCCUGGUGUUGGCUGAUGGUUUGAGGACUGGUGUUACCGAGUGGCUCGAGCCUCUGGAAGCAAAAUCUGCUGUUGAACUUGUACAGGAAUUUCUGAACGACUUGAAACAGCUGGAUGGAUUUGGUGAUUCCACAAGAAAGGACACAGAGAGCGUGAAGCCCGACGCUGCCGCGGUGGACAGGUCUGUGCUGAUCACGGUGCGCGGGGACCUCGACUUCGCUGAGCAGCUGUGGUGCAAGAUGAGCAGCAGUGUGGUUUCGUAUCAAGACUUGGUGAAGUGUUUCUCGCUGGUCAUCCAGAGUCUGCAGCGUGGUGACAUCCAGCCGUGGCUCCACAGUGGGAGUAACAGCUUACUGAGCAAGCUCAUUCAUCAGUCCUACCACGGCACCAUGGACACAGUUUCUCUCACAGGGACUAUUCCACUUCAGAUACUUUUGGAAAUUGGUUUGGACAAACUAAAGAAAGAUUAUAUCAGUUUUUUCAUAGGUCAAGAACUUGCAUCUUUGAACCAUUUGGAAUACUUCAUUUCUCCAUCAGUAGAUUUACAAGAGCAGGUUUAUCGUGUUCAGAAGCUCCACCAUAUUCUAGAAAUAGUAGUCAGUUGCAUGCUUUUCAUUAAACUUCAACAUGAGCUUCUCUUUUCUCUGACACAAUCCUGCAUAAAAUACUAUAAACAGAAUCCUCUUGAUGAGCAACACAUUUUUCAGCUACCGGUCAGAGCAGCUGCCAUAAAAAACUUAUACCAAAGUGAGAAACCACAGAAAUGGAGAGUGGAAAUAAACAGCGGUCACAAGAAGGUGAAAACUGUUUGGCAGCUCAGUGACAGCUCACCUGUAGACCACCUGAGUUUUCACAGACCUGACUUUUCUGAGCUGACACUCAACGGCAGCCUGGAGGAGAGGGCGCCCUUCGCCAGCAUGGCCACCUGCAGCCAGGUGCACUUCAAGUAGCGCGCGCUCAGGGCCCUCGCCAAGAGCUGAAGUGUUCUCUAGGCCAGCGACUCCCCUGUCAGCGUGAAGAGUGAACCGCAUUUGGCCUCCAGAGCAUCUCAGACAGGAGCCCGUGCGCACGUUGUCCUGGUGAGCGUCGGCCCUGUGCAUCUGCAUCGGACAGCGCUGGGCUGGCGGACUGCUACAGUGACAUGUUGGAUGCAUUCGAGAUGUUUUAAAAAAUCAGCCGACCAAAUGGUUUGUAUGCAGCGGUCCCGCUUUUGUAAAAUGAAAACGCGCGCCGAGUAGCAAAGUAGUCAUGCCGACUUUGGGAGAGCUGACAUUAACAAGUGGUUUUUAUUUGACUUAUGCUUCAGUUUUCUCAUGUGUAGGUCCCAGCACAAAAGUUAGGGGGUGGGGGUAAUUACCGACAAGCCGGGAGGCAGCGAGCCGCGGGGGUCCGUGGCCCUGCGGCCCCUCUCAGCUCCGCCUGCUCAGCAGCAGCAGCAGCAGCACGGCCGCGAUGAGCACGCAGAGCGCGCACACCGUGGGCACCACGAUCUCCGUCACCAGCUGCAUGUGGCUCAGCAAGGGCUCUGCAACGCGACAGCCAGCCGCACCGUCAGCCCCAGCGCAGAGCUCCGGCCAGUCGGCUUAGCUGUGAGGCAGAGGCCUGGGGGAGGGCAGCACCCUGUCGUCUAGUUACUCUCUCUCAUGUGCACUGAAGGAGUGAAAGCUUUGUAAAACCUUUCAGAAGAGACGGGCUGAGUGGCAUCGUGUGAGCCCCGCCCAUCCCCCCGUGCAUUAAUCUCAGGAUCCACGGCAGGCCUCAUGGCUCUCUCAGCUCUGCUGGAGAGGUGGGCGAAGGAAAACUCCCGAGAGGCCCAGAGGCCGCCAUGUGUCCUGAGAGGGGGGCGAGUGUCGGUGUUGACAGUUUGAUAAUUUUUUGCGAGCCAAGUGACCAGCAUAUUGUGUGUGCAGAGUGGGGUGACGAGGCAGAGCCGCCUGGCUGUUCAGGUGUGUGGGGUGGUGCGCACUGGCUGGUAGAGCUCACGGGCGGGAGGACUGGGUCGAGCGCAUUCCCCGUGCGACAGCACAGCGAAGACGAGCUUGUUAGCCAGGAGGUGUCCUUCUGGCUGCCCCGUGUCUCUCCCUUUUACAUCCCAUGGCAUGAGAAAUGAUGCCUUCUGGAAGGCGAGGCUCCUUGUUUUUUGUUCAUUGUUGUAUCUCCAUGGCUUAAAUACCCCCUUCCCUAAUUGUGAGUGCUUAAUAAAAUUACUUGCUCAAUGAGCAAAUCUAAA